CUCGUCUCAGUUCGAAAUUUGAAUUUGUUAAUUUGGCUCCGAGGAGAGUUUACAUAGAAAUAAUCAGGAGAAUGUAUAGUUCUGAAAAAGAAGGGCGUGUUAUUCCAUGUGGGUUUAGGUUUAGCCCUACAAAUAUUGAGCUGGUACAGUUUUAUUUGAAGAACAAGAUAUUGGGUUGGGAAUUUCCUUUUGAUUUAAUCCCAAUCGUUGAUGUUUUUGCUUCCAGCCCUGAUAAUCUUCCUCUAAAUGAAUUCAACUGUGGACAGCCAAAUGGAUAUUGGUACUUCUAUUCCAAUAGAAGAAAAGGCAAGAUUUUAACGGACGAUGGUUAUUAUGCACUCUCUUCACAUAGGACCAUCAUUGACGGGAAGAAACUCAUUGGGUUUGUAAGGACAUUGGACUUCUACAAUGGAAAGCCACCUAGAGGAACCAAAUCUCAAUGGACUAUACAUGAGUAUAGAGUCAAUGCUGAUACGAUCAAAGUUAAUGAAGAUGACAUCAUUAUGAAAGAGAAGAUCUCGAAUUUUGUUGUCUGUAAACUUGUUAAAAAGGGAAUUUAUAAGCCGGAAUCCUCAGAGGAAGAGAAUAUUUUCAGCGGCAAGGAUAGUCUCAGUGAUAAGAAUCAGCAUAAUCAGAGUGGCAGAGAAAGUGAAGGGUCUAAUUUCUCAAUGAAAGAUAAUAAGCAGAAUUCAAAAGGCAAUAACAGUCUCAGUGAUGAGGAUAAGUAUAGUCAGAGCAAUACCAUAUUAUCACAGGAGAAAGUUGAGAAGUUAAAGUACUCAAGAGAUGACAAGGAGAAUUCAGAGGAUGACCGAGAAAAGAAUGAUAUCAUUAUAUCACAAGCCAAUGAUGCAGCACCCAAGUCCUAGGGUGCAGGAGAUGACGGGGAAAGAAAUUGAGAUGGAAAUUUUUCAUUUCUAGAAAGCUCUAUAAUUAAGUUUCCCACUAGAUAGAAUUUUGCAAAGUAUAUGUUCAUUAGUAUCACUUUACAUUUGAUUUGUUAGUAUAACGACUGAAGGGAUUUACCAAAUGGACUGCCAUAUCUUCCAUCGUACUAAU